CAAAGAACCGCAGCAGCGGAAGAACAGUUUCUGAAAUCCACCUCUCGAAUUUAUGCCUGCGUUUCCUCAUACAUGGGUCGGAAUGUAAACCCCGUCCAGCGCUCCAGUAUCUAAAGCGUAUCUCCUGCAGUCUUCUGAAGGCCAACGUGAAUCAAAGCAAAACACAUGGAUUGGAAGUUUCUUCAGGGUCUACUCAGCGGAGUCAACAAAUACUCCACCGCCUUUGGACGCAUCUGGCUGUCUGUGGUCUUUGUGUUUCGUGUGCUGGUCUUCGUGGUCGCCGCUGAGCGGGUGUGGAGCGACGACCAGGGGCACUUUGACUGCAACACCCGUCAGCCGGGUUGCACCAACAUCUGCUAUGAUUACUUCUUCCCCAUCUCCCACAUCCGCCUUUGGGCUCUGCAGCUGAUCUUCGUCACUUGCCCUUCCUUCAUGGUGGUGCUGCACGUGGCCUACAGAGAAGAUCGAGAGCGCAAGUAUCGAGCCAAGCACGGCGAGCACACUCGGUUAUACGACAACCCCGGCCAAAAGCACGGGGGCCUAUGGUGGACUUACCUGAUGAGCCUAUUCAUCAAGACGGCUUUCGAGAUCACGUUUCUGUACGCGCUUCACUACAUCUACGACAGCUUCAGGCUGCCCAGGAAAGUCCAGUGCGAUGUCAGCCCCUGCCCCAAUUUGGUGGAUUGCUACAUUGCUCGACCCACAGAGAAGACCAUUUUCAGCUACUUCAUGGUGGGAGCGUCCGUUUUGUGUGUGGUGCUCAACAUCUGUGAGAUCUUCUAUUUGAUUGCUACCCGGGUGGUAAAUCUGAGACUACGACGCACUGCCUAUACCACUUCUAGAAAGGUCCGCACCAACAAAGACUGUGAUUCUUGCAAAUCUUCACAUGCAUCAUAGGUCCAAAUGUUACAGCUACAUUUUAUGUUCUUAAGAGGUGAUGUUAUUCUUUCGUGGGCAGUUCUUUUUUAUGAGUAUUCUGUUUUGAGGUCUUCUAGGUAAAAGUACCCCUUGACGUUCAUAAAAAUGAUUGACCUCUGGCUGAUGUUGCCAGGGAAAAUCUGGAAUCCACCUAAUUAUGUGUUAUAUCUGAUCUGAAUCGGAUUGAAAAUCUUUGUCCUUGACCUUUCCCCAAACUUAAUUCUUUCAGAGCAACUUGAGUUCCAGCCUUCAUUGACUU